CUGAUCUAGUUUCGCCUUGAGCUCACAUAUGGAAGAAAAUAAACAAAUCAUAUUAUACUAGAAAUGGCAGUAGCGUUUUCUUCUCUUUUUUGCAUAGACGAAGUUUGUUUUGGAUUUAUGUUCAUAUCAGCUGAGUAAUAAAACGUGAACAAUUUCUGAUAUUCUGGAUAAAUGACUAAUCCAAAAAUUUUAGUAUGUCUCGAUUUUGACCAUACUUUGGUUGAUGGGAAUACAGAUAAAAAGAUUAGAACACUAUGUGAUGCAAGUGGUUUUCCUGAAGAAACUGAAGAGUAUUCAAAGAAUGGUCUGGGAUUUACAGCCUAUAUGAGGGAAGUUUUUAAGUUCUUUUUCAAGAACAAUGUCACCAGAGAAGACUACAUGAGAAGUUUGUCUGAAAUCCCUCUAGUAGAAGGAAUGAAGGAACUUUUACUUCAAAUGUAUGAGAGUAACGAUUGUGAAAUUAUUAUCUUAUCUGAUUCAAAUUCAUUUUUUAUUCAGUAUAUCCUACAUCAUCACCAAUUGAGUGGAGUGGUUACAAAAAUCUUUACCAAUCCUGCUGAUUUUGACAAAGAUGGAUGUCUACAAAUUCGCGAAUACCAAGACCAAUCUAGCUGCUCUAGAUGUGCACGCAAUUUAUGUAAGGGCGCUAUACUAGAAAGUUAUGUAGAGAAAAGAUUAUCUGAAGGAGUACCCUUCUUCCGAAUCCUAUAUAUUGGAGAUGGCCACAAUGAUGUUUGUCCAGCACUCAGACUAGGUGACAAUGAUUAUGUGUUUGCUCGAGUUGGUUACCGUCUUUUAAGAUCACUAGAAAAGAUGCCUGCCAAAAUUGUUAAGACUGUUAUUAUUCCUUGGGAAAAUGGAUAUGAUAUCCGAAAUAUUCUUUUAUCUUCAUAAAAUUGAUAGUGUUCAAUAUUUUGCAAUUUUAUCAAAUGUUUAAAAUUUGUGUUUCAUAAGUAUAUAUAGUUGUUCUGAAAAAGUCCUGGUGUUAAAGAUGUGUUUCAAUGCAAAUGUUUUUCUCUUUUUUGGAGUGCAUUUAUUUUAUUCUAAAAGUACUGUUAAUUUUGUAAUAUUUUAAAGUGCAUAAUAAGACAAAUUCAUGUGAUUAUAGAAAAUUUUAUUUGUAGGAGAUAUAAAAUUCAUUUCUGCAAUUAUUCAUAAUGCCAAAUGUAACAAAUUAGAAAUUUUUAACAAUUAUCUAAUGUAAUAUUUUCUAAAAUUGUUGAUUCUCAGAAGCAUUGUAAUAAAAAUUUGUUAUGCAGUAUAGGAAAGAAAUAAAUA